AUGUUUCUUUCCCAUUCUUCAGAUAACCUUCUCACUUCCAUUUAUUUAUGUAAGAUUAUAUCAUAUUCAUUUUUCAUUCUUAUUCUUAUUCCCCCUCGUAAUUCUCACUGUUUAUUCUCAUUCUUAUUCUUAUUCUCCUUAUUUUACUCAUUCUAUAUCCAUAUUCAUUUUAUUCUUAUUCUUAUUCCUACUUCUCACUUAUUUAUUCUCAUUCUUUAUUCUUAUUCUCACUGUUUUAUUCUUAUUCUAUACUAUCAUAUUCAUUUAUUCUUAUUCUAUAUUCUUAUUCUAUUCUUCUUUAUUUAUUCUAUUCUUAUUCUUAUUCUCCACUGUUUUAUAACUUAUUCAUAUUCUAUACUCAUUUUAUUCUUAUUCUUAUUCUUAUUCUAUGUUUAUUCUUAUUCUAUUCUUAUUCUCACUUGUUUUUAUUCAUUCAUUUCACUCAUUUUAUUCUUACUUAUUCUUAUUCUCUAUUUUAUUCUUAUUCUGACGGAAUUCUUAUUCUCAUUUAUUCUUAUUCUUAUUCUUAUCAGUACACAUAUUCACAUUCUUAUUCUUAUUCUACACUGUUUUUCUAUCCUUAUUCUUAUUCUAUAUUUUAUAUUCUUAUUCUAUUCUUAUUAUUCUUAUUCUUAUUCUUAUUCUUCAUUCUCAUUUUUAUUCUCAUUCUUAUUCUUAUUCUCAUGUUUUACCCACUUAUUCAUAUAUCAUAUUCAUUUUAUUCUUAUUCUUAUUCCUAUUCUCACUCAUUUAUUCUUAUUCUUAUUCUUAUUCUCACUGUUUUCUAUACUUAUUCUUAUAUCAUAUUCAUUCUUAUUCUUAUUCUUAUUUUAUUCUUAUUCUUAUUCUCACUUUUUAUUCUAUUUUAUUCUUAUUCUCCUAUCAUAUUCUUUUGUUAUUCAUAUUCCUAUUCUAUACUUAUUCAUUUACAUUCUUAUUCUUAUUCCUCUUCUCACUGUUUUAUUCAUUCUAUCACAUUCAUUUUAUUCUUAUUCUAUAUUCACUGUUUUAUCCAAUUCUUAUUCAUUAUUAUUCUAUUUUUAUUCCUAUUCUAUACUGUUUAUUCUUAUUCUUAUUCCUAUUCUCAUUCUUUUAUUCAUUCUUAUUCAUUCUACUAUAUUCAUAUCAUUUUCAUUUUAUUCUUAUUCCUAUUCUCACUGUUUUUGUUAUUCAUUCUUAUUCUUAUUCUCAUUGUUUUACCCACAUUCAUAUAUCAUAUUCAUUUUAUUCUUAUUCUUUAUUCUUAUUCUCACUGUUUUAUUCAUUCUUAUUCUUAUUCUUAUUCUCACUGUUUUAUUUGUUUAUUCUAUAUUUCAUAUUCAUUUUAUUCUUAUUCUUAUUCCUAUUCUCACUGUUUUAUUCUACACUCUUAUUCUUAUUCUCACUGUUUUCAUAUUCAUUAUAUAUCAUAUUCAUUUUAUUCUUAUUCUUAUUCCUAUUCUCAUUCACAUUUUAUUCUUUUCUCAUUCUUAUUCUCACUUCUUUUCUACCCACAUUCAUAUAUCAUAUUCAUUUUAUUCUUAUUCUUAUUCCUAUUCUCAUCAUUCUUUACUUAUUCUUAUUCUAUACUUCAUUUAUAAAACUCGUUCUUAUUCUACACUCCAUUCUAUACCGCUUUCUCCACUAUAUUCUUAUUCUACUUAUUCUAUACCCUUUCUUAUUCUAUACCACUCAUUCUAUUGCUUCUUUCUGAUUCUACAUCCUUCUGUAUUCAUUCUCUGUUAUUCUUAUCUCUAUUUGCAUAUAUCUCCAUUCAUUCGGGAUUCUUCACUCAUUCUAUACAGGGAUUCUUAUUACAUACUCAUUCUAUUUCUUAUUCUUAUUCUAUACUCAUUCUUUCUUAUUCUUUACUUUCUAUAG